UAUAUGUAUAGGUAUCUAUAUCACUUUCUGUGACUUCAUGUCUUAUGAUCAUUUCUAUCUUGUUUGACAUAAUUUUUUCAUUUUUUAUCAUAUUGUAAUAAAUCGUGUGGAAUAUUUAAUUCCAAAAUGUUUUCUAAUCAUAUGAAAACACUUGUACAACUUGCUGUACAACAACAACAGCAACAUCAACGUGGUAUGGCAACUCUUAAAGCCAUUUCUAUAAGAUUAAAAUCUGUAAAAAAUAUUCAGAAAAUUACUCAAUCAAUGAAAAUGGUAUCUGCUGCUAAAUAUAAUAGAGCAGAAAGAGAUUUAAAACAAGCAAGACCUCUUGGUGUUGGCACAAAAAUCUUUUAUGAACAAGCUGAAAUUCAAGCUCCGCCAGAAGAUGAAAAAAAACUUGUAGUAGCAAUAACAAGUGAUCGUGGAUUGUGUGGUGCUGUACAUACUGGAGUUUCUCGUAAUAUUAGAGAUUCUCUUUUAGCAGAUCCCAAAGAACGUGAAAAUACAAAAAUUAUAUGUGUUGGUGAAAAAUCACGAGCAAUUUUGUCACGAUUGUUUGCUAAUAAUAUAUUAUUUGUUGCAUCUGAAGUUGGUCGUAAACCACCUACAUUUAAUGAUGCUGCCAAAGUAGCAAUUGAAAUCAUGAACAGUGGAUAUAGUUUUGGUUCUGGUCGUAUUGUUUAUAAUAGAUUCAAAUCUGUGGUAUCAUAUAGCGUUGACCAAUUACCUCUUUUUGAUAAAAAUGCAAUAGUUAGUGCACCAAAAUUAUCUUUAUAUGAUUCUUUGGAUGAAAAUGUAAUUCAAAGCUACUUAGAAUUUUCUCUAACCUCUUUAUUAUUUUAUUCAAUGAAAGAAGGUGCUUGUAGUGAACAAUCAAGUCGAAUGACUGCUAUGGAUAAUGCUAGUAAAAAUGCAGGAGAGAUGAUAGAUAAAUUAACUCUGACAUUCAAUCGUACUCGACAAGCUGUAAUUACUAGAGAAUUGAUUGAAAUUAUUUCUGGUGCUGCUGCUUUGGAUUAAAAAAAAAAAAUAUUUAUGAAAAAAUUAAUACAUUAUAGUGUUGUGAAGUA